AUGGCAAACCCCCAACCUGUGUCUGGUCACCUUGCUGUGAAACCAAGUCCUCCACCUGCCAUCCAAAUGGUGUUGGCAUCUGUGGACCUGAUUUGUCAAUACCGAAGCACCUCCCUAUUGGUGCAUGAAGAUAUGAUACUGAAUGAGGUGCCUCCCCCAGAAUCCUUACCAUCCACCUGGGUGCCAUUCCUUGACAGCUCGAUGCCCAUGUCCGAAUCUGCCCAAUGUCCUCCCAGCAACAACUUCUUGGCACCAUCAUCUUCCGCAUCCACUUCAGGACUUGUUGAAUCCACACCUACUCAGCAUCCAGUGCCGCCAGCUUUGGAGUCGAUUGAGACUGUUGAUCCACCCCUCUCAAUCCCAUCCGACAAUUUGAUCCCCACUAAUUCACCUCAUACAACUUGUGUGACUAAAAUUAGUCAACCCUGCACCGCCAGUCGUUCAAAUUUUGAACAACUGAUGAUUGAGAAUGGUUGGAUGCUUACUGAAGCACAAACCUUCCGAGCAUUCGUUAAAAUGCUUGCAUCCAAAUAUCUGGACCCCACUUUGUCUAUUACAGACCAAUCAUCCAAGGUGUGUAUAACCAUCAGAAAUCUGGCAAACAAGAAAUUCUCAAAGCUUCUGGAACCCUAUGAAGGAGUGCCAUAUUCUGAAGAAGACAUUAAAUGGCCAGUGUGGCAGGUUCUAGUUCAGAGGCAACAGACUGCUGUGAAUGAGGAUAUCAAACUCAUCAGAAACAAUGUGUGCGAUUUAGCAUCCACCAUGAAGAAUCUCAUCAAGACAAUGGAACAACGCAAACAACGUGAACAAGCCGAAGCACAGAAGAAUGCCAGUAACAGCCAACAGAUCAGCAACCUGUUGAUGCUACUGUUAAAGCAGGGGCAAUGGGACCAGCUCCAUGAUCAUGAAAAGGAAAGUGACAAGGGCAGACCUGGGGUCUUUACUCCUUCCAAGGCCCCCCAGAAGAUCAUGAAGGCCAACCAGGGCAAUUGA